AUGACCGUAAUUCAAGAGCCGACGAAUACGGAGGACCUCAAGGUCCUGAUCGAGAAUCUGCUGGAGAGGCUGCCGGAAGCUCAACGCUCUCCCUUCCUACAUAGUCAGCUUUCGCGGUUCGGAAUUAGAGAUACGAGUUCUGAACCGACAGAACUGGCUGCCAGUGCUUCUCGGACUAAGCGCGGAAAAAAGCCUGCUCACAACUCUCAAAGAGCCGCUGUUGGUGACUCUCCGUCGCCGCGAUCCACCUCGGGCACAGAACCUGCGCGAGACAAGGAAGGCCAUCAAUGCGGCUUUUGCAAAGAGAUGAAUCAUGUAGUUGUCUGCGCCAGGAAGAACGAUUUGAAGCGACACAUGGGAGAUUUUCAUCACGUCGUUACAGAGUUUCGCUGCCCUGUACAAGGUUGCAAAUUCCAGACCGAAUCGAAGAAGCAAUUCUCUCAGCACAUCAAAACCGACGGGCGACACAAGCAAAUCGUCUCAAACAAUGAGAUACACAAUCACGAAGUCACUAUCUGCGAGCCAAUCAUCUUUGCUUGCGGAUUUGCCAACUGUUCGGUGUUGUUGGAAGCUCCGCCCGCCGGCGACAACGGCAAAACAUUCCGAGAUUACAUUGAACAUGUCAUUAAGCACUAUGACGAAGACCAAUGUGCUGAAUGGUCCUACGAGACGAGAAUACAAAGUCUCCUGCGUCAGAGCCGCAUGCAAGGUGUAGCGCAGCAUGUCGACAUGAGGGCUCUGGUGUGGGAUUGGAAACACUCUACAGAGCUGCGAAGGGAGUUGAUAACUGGCAACAUUAUGAGCAAAGAGGAGACUUUGCAGCGCGCAUUUUCCCUUGGGUCAGGAAACUAUCACAUGAAUAACAGUCAACUGCAACCAAUGCUGACGAUGCGUGGACGCGCAGCGGCACGAGGGCAAGACAUCGGCAGGAGACGGCAGCGGCUACGAAAGAAUCAAGCCAACGCAAGUAUAUCUUCACAAUAUGAUUUCGACCCAUCCUAUCAGACUCAUGUUCAGUUGCCGGAGUCUCUCGUCAGCUCAGAAUUGGUCAUGAGAAGAAGUGCGGAUCCUUCGCUGUCGCCGGCCACCUACUCAGGCAGCGUCCACAACACCCCGCCGACACCAUUGGGUGACGCAAUGUCGCAGGUAUAUGCCAGAGGCUCACAGGAGGUGUUUAUGGGAGCCGAAGCUAUUCACGUUGACCCACGAAUGCACCCUGGCAUGCCGCCGCAACAAGGAUACGCCGUGCAGCGUGAGUUACCGUCCGGGUUUCUCAUGAGCAACGGAUUUACCAUGGACAGCGAACAACAUUUUCUACAGCAAGGCUUGAACCAUCAAAAGUUCUGA